AUGGCGAGUUUAAACUUCGAGACAUAUCACAAUGUGAUUAAUGGUGCAUUGAAGAGCGCCAGCAAGCAAUAUUAUGGCAUCAACCCUUUUACAGAAGAGAGACUCUGGCCAGUACCAGUAGCUACUGAAGAGGACCUCGAAGAAGCGAUUGAAGCAGCCAAUAUUGCUUUCAAAACAUGGAAAAAUACAACUUUGGAAGAUCGUCUCAGUCGCUUCCAGGCAUUUGCCAAUGCAUUGCUUGCUCAAAAAAGCGAAUGGGCGGAUCUUGUCUCAAAAGAAGCAGGCCAAUCUAUAGAAUUUGCAACAGAUGAAGUGGAAGUCAGUCAGGAAUAUUUGACUACUAUCCCAAAUAUUGACUUGCCCGAAUAUGUCACUCAUGACGAUGAAGACGUCAAAGUCACAACAAAAUACUAUCCUCUAGGCGUUGUAGCUGGUAUAUGUCCGUGGAACUUCCCAGUUUUACUUGCCGCUGGAAAGAUUGCAAGUGCGGUUUCGACAGGAAAUACCAUUAUCAUCAAGCCUUCGCCAUAUACACCUUACAGUGAGCUGAAACUUGCCGAGUUGGCGCAACAAUUCUUUCCCCCGGGUGUUAUUCAAGCGCUUGGCGGAGAUGAUAAUCUGGGGCCAUGGAUGACAAAACAUCCUGGCAUUGCGAAAAUAUCAUUCACGGGCUCUACUGCAACGGGGAAAAAAAUCAUGGCGGCUGCUGCCUCGACUUUGAAGCGAGUUACUUUGGAGUUAGGUGGUAAUGACCCAUCGAUCGUCUGUCCGGACAUUGAUCUUGAUGCAGUCAUUCCAAAGAUACUAGAAGAUGUCUUCACUCACAGUGGCCAGUCGUGCAUAGAUACCAAGCGUAUUUACGUCCAUAAAUCUAUCUACGACACGUUUCUCUCAAAGUUCACAGCUGCCUCCAAGAAACUGAAACUGGGCCAUGGAUACUUGAGUCCCCUUCAAAACAAAAUGCAGUAUGAAAAGGUGGCAUCUCUACUGAAAGAUUGCCAAGAUCAAAAGUACGAGUUUGCUUUGGGUGAACCUCGGGAGAAGAGCCUAAGCUCUCCUGGAUACUUUGUAUCCCCUGCAAUUGUGUCUCGACCUCCAGAGAAUUCUCGUCUGGUACAAGAAGAGCCUUUUGGGCCCAUAGUUCCCGUAUUGGAAUGGGACGAUGAAGAAGAUGUGAUCCGGCGUGCAAAUGAUACUGACCAAGGACUUGGUGCUACGGUUUGGUGCCGGGACCCAGAACGGGCGGAGCGCAUUGCCUCACGCUUGGAGGCAGGUAGUGUGUGGGUUAAUCGGGGUGCUAUCCCAUUGCCUACUGCUCUGUUUGGUGGAAUCAAGCAGAGUGGAAUUGGAGGGGAAUGGGGGCCAUUGGGUCUGUUGAGUUAUUGUGAUGCAAGAACUUUUCAUUUCUCUAAGAGGCCUUAG